AAUGAGAACUGUGGAAGAUUCUUCUGGGACCGUCCUGCACCGGCUCAUCCAGGAGCAGCUGCGCUAUGGUAACCUGACAGAGAACCGAACCCUGCUGGCCAUCCAACAGCAGGCUCUUCGAGGAGGAGGCGGGGGCAACGGGAACAGUCCCCGCUCCUCCCUGGAGAGCCUGACCCAAGAAGAGAGUCAGAUGGUACAGCAGUCCACUCGGCAGGAGCCCCAGGGCCAGGAACACCAUGGCGACCAUGCCUACUUGGAGAAUGCCCUCUACCGCUUCUACCAGCCCCAGAGCAAGGGCGAAGAGCUGCCCACUUAUGAAGAAGCAAAAGUCCACUCUCAGUAUUAUGCCUCGCAGAGAGGACAGCAGGCAGGCUUGCCUUGCCCAGGGGCCCCUGUGGACAAGGAACCCCGCAGGGGCAAUGUAGCAAGCAGCAAGCGGCAGGAUGAUUCUCUGAAGGAGCUGAAGCAUGGGCACGUGAGGUCGCUGAGCGAGCGCCUCCUCCAGCUAUCUCUAGAGAGGAAUGGUGCCAAGGCAUACAACCACAUGAGCUCCUCCCACAGCUUUCCUCAGCUUUCUCGGCAUUAUCAGCUGUCCACUCCUAGGGGGCAUCAUACGGAGGGCCUGGAGCCCCGGGGUCCCCCCCCAGAGUACCCCUAUAUCAUCCCACCACAGGAGCCCUUUUCAGGCAGUGAGCCCAGGCACUAUUCCAGGGGCAACCCUGAUUUCCAGCAUCCUGAAGUCAGGAUCUUGCAGGCUCAGAUGCCCCAGCCUUUCCUACAACAGCAGCAGCAGCAGCAGCAGCAGCAGCAGCAGCUCCCACCUCCACAGCCUGCCCACUCUCACCCUGCUGCCCUGUGUCACAGCCCCAUGGGGUCCCUCACCCCAGCUGGGGUUGAGGCACUGAUGUCAGCACAGGCUGCUUCCACCACCAGCCACCUGGCCCAGAUGGAGGCCAUCCUCAGAGACAAUGAGAAACUCCAGAGAGAGAAUGAGAAGUUGCUGAGGGAGUUUGAGACUUAUAACGAGAAGGCAAGCCGGAUUCAGAAGCUGGAAACAGAAAUUCAGCGCAUCUCUGAGGCCUAUGAAAACCUGAUGAAAGCUUCUACCAAGAGAGAAACCUUGGAGAAAACCAUGAGGAACAAGAUGAGUGGAGAGAUGAGACGGCUCCAGGAUUUCAACCGAGAUCUAAGAGAGAGGUUAGAAUCUGCAAACAGACAAUUAGCCAGCAAGACACAGGAGGCCCAGGAGGGCAACCAAGGCAUGGUGGCCAAGCUUCUUGCUCAGAACUAUGAGUCUCAGCAAGAACAAGAAAAGAUGGAACGAGAGAUCUCGUUGCUGCGAAGUUCCAACGAGGACCAGCGGCGACGGGCAGAGCUGCUAGAACAGGCCCUGGGGAAUGCCCAGGCCCGGGCAGCAAAAGCAGAAGAUGAGCUUCGGAAGAAGAAGGCAUACGUGGAGAAGGUGGAGAGGCUUCAGCAGGCUCUGGGGCAGCUCCAGGCAGCCUGUGAGAAGAGGGAACAGCUGGAGCUGCGCCUUCGUACCCGCCUGGAGCAGGAGCUGAAGACUCUUAGGACGCAGCAGAGACAGAUGGCAGCGCCAAGCAGCGGAUCCCCUGAACUCAGUGUGCCGAGGCUGUCGGAGCAGCUGAGGGAAAAGGAGGAGAAGAUCUUAGCCCUUGAGGCAGACAUGACCAAGUGGGAACAGAAGUACCUAGAAGAAUGUACCAUGAAGCAGUUUGCCAUGGAUGCCGCUGCAACAGCCGCCGCUCAGCGGGAUACGACCAUCAUCAACCACUCCCCUCAGCACUCUCCCAACAGCAGCUUCAAUGAAGAUCUCCUCCUAGCCAACCACAAGCACCAGGAGAUGGAGAACAGGUUAAAAGUACUCCAUGCCCAGAUCCUGGAGAAGGAUGCUGUAAUAAAAGUACUUCAGCAGCGUUCGAGGAAGGACCCUGGCAAGACCUCACAAUGUUCUCUGAGACCUGCAAAGUCUGUGCCUUCCAUCUUUGCAGCUUCAGGGACCCAGGGCUGGCAGACAGUCUCAGCUAUCAGUGAAGGACAAGCUGAUGGCCUCUCCUGGGGAGUAGCAGCAGGUCGGGUCCCAGCAGAGGAGAUACCAAUGGCCCCCCAUCCCUCCCAUGCCAAACAUGGGAGCAAGGAUGGAAGUACUCAGACUGAUGGCCUUCCUGACAGUGUCAUCACCUCCCAGGGAUCUGGGCCUGAGGGCCCCAUGGGCUGCAACAGUGGCAGCAGCAGCAACCAUGGUGGAACCUUAACUGAGUCUUCAGCUACAAACAAGACUCAGGACAUAUCGGAGAUGGUGGAAAUCCUGAUUUAAAGAAGAAGCUGACAAUAAAGAGCUUCGUGCCCACCUCUGCCUCGAUAGAUCCCAGCAGAUUCCUCUCAAGCUACUGGCUUCCAUCUCUCC